AUGGAGGACGAUUAUGAAACCUCAAAAAUGCUAGCCCUAACCCUUAGCCUUCUUAAUACUAACCCAGAGCUAGACCAAGUUUCCACUGCUCUCACUUUGUGUGACCCAACUUGGAAUUACGACACAAAUCAGAGCAAAGCAGAGGAAUUAGACCCUGCUACUCACAAUGUGCCCACAUUUCCUCGUAAUCCGAACCACGAGAAAAUAUCGGGUACGAAUGAUACGAACAAAGAGUUAGUAAAGAAGAAAAGAAAGCUAGUAGUGCUGGGACCUAGGCCGAGUCCCAAGCCUCGGAGGCCUUGGCCCAUCAGGAAGAUUCUGAAGGCAAGCGACCUCGGAAACUCCUCAAGGCUGCUGGUUCCAAAAGACUCCGCCACGAACCAUUUUCUGCGUUACUUGGAUGACAAGUUUGUCCAAAGGGUUGAGAGUGACGAGGGAUUGGGAGUUACAGUUCAAGAUUACGACACAGGCACAAGACAUCAGUUGACUUUCAAGUUUUGGAGCUCGGCAAAGAGUUACAUUCUCAAUGGAGAGUGGAGAGGGAUGUUUGUGCAGAGGAGAGGCUUGAAAGAGAAGGAUGAAAUUGGGCUUUAUUGGGAUGCUUCCAGAGCCAUGUUCAUGUUUUCUCUCCUUCAACGGGCUUGA